AUGGGUAUUUCAACUACUGCACAUGCAGAAUCAUUGCAUAGUGCUUUCAAACAUGCAAUAGAAACAGUGAGUGAACUAGAAACUGUUUUUGAAAAAAUUGAUCAACAAAUUCAUAUAUCAAUAUAUGCAAUUGACAAAAUAAAAAGAACAUUAGCCACAAUAGAAGUAAACUCAUUAAUAUAUAAAGAUACAGAAACUUGUAAAUGCUCAAUAAGGAUCAAUUAUAAACUUCCAUGCCAUCAUAUGAUUUCUAAGAAGGGUGUAAUCUCUUUAGAUAUUAUUAACAAGUGCUGGCACCUUCAUCAUUUUAAUAUCAAAUACCUUCCACAUUCUGCUCUAGAGUCAUCAACAACUGAAGAAAUAUUUUACCAACUUCUAAAUGAUACUUCUAUGAGGGCAAAGCUUAUAGCUCAUAUUGACCAAGUGAUUACAAUGCCUCUUUCUGAGCCUGUUAAGGCACCAAAUAUUUUUGUUUCAAAAGAUCGUCUUUUAAAAACCAAACAUGAAAAACUAAUGAAUCAUUGA